UAAUCUGUCCUUUUCCCCGUCGCCUUACUCCAAGGGUAGGGGGUGUGCAUAGGCAGGUACAAAACCUAUGCUUAAAACUUUCUUUAAGGAAAGUUCAUACUUACAUUUAUUGUUGUUCACACCUAUUUUUUCACCCAUUUUUCCAUUACGGAUAUAAUUUUUAAAUUUGACCCAAGAUGAUUGACACAGUGACAGGACCUACAGCACUGCCCUUUGCAGUCCAACUAAAGACCCUACUAGACCUGGAGGGCCGCUUCCAGCCGAAGCUGAGUGGUUUGAGGAUCAUCGAGAGCGCACCGGAGAACGGUCUCAGGAUGACGACCCGACUCCGAGAGUUGGAGGUGAAGGACCUGCUGACUCUGACCAGGUUCUUUGGUUUCAGCUCUGACACGUUCUCUCUGGCCAUCAGCCUCCUCGACCGCUUCCUCUCGGUCAUGAAGAUACAACCAAAGCACCUUUCCUGCGUGGGUCUCUGCUGCUUCUACAUCGCCGUGAAGUCGUCGGAAGACAAGAAAAACGUCCCCCUGGCCAACGACCUGAUCCGCAUCAGCCAGAACCGAUUCACCGUAUCUGACAUGAUGCGGAUGGAGAAGAUCAUUAUGGAGAAAGUCAACUGGAAAGUGAAGGCGCCCACUGCUCUCCGCUUCCUCCGCCUCUUUCACAGCUACGUCGAGGAGCAGCUCGGCACCGAGAGUGAGAACUUCCUGAGCCUGGAUAGACUGGAGGCUCAACUGAAAGCUUGCCACUGCUCUUUUGUCUUCUCUAAAUUGAAGCCAUCCGUGCUUGCCAUGGCUCUCUUGUGUCUUGGUGUUGACGACCAACAUGACCCAGAGCACAUGGAGAAUAUUUCCGAGGCCCUGAACAGUCUGCAGAUGUUACUGACUCUUAAAGAUGGCGAUCUCGUGUGUGUGCGGGAGCUGGUGGGGAAAUGCCUGGCCGAGUACGCCACCUCCAAGUGCUCCAGGCCCAACAGCCAGAGACUUCGCUGGACCAUUUCGGGAAGAACAGCUCGUCAGCUCAAGCACAGCUACUACAAGAUUAGCCAUCUUCCCACCAUACCCGAGUCGGCUUGUUAAAAGUCCUGGCCACCGUGCCGUCACCUGACCCAAAAUGACCCCAUUCUCUGAUUCGCUGUACCUAAUCAGGUGAUUUGGCUCACAUAACACCUCCCACUUUAUAUAUUUUUUAACUUAAAGAUCCUCAUCAGCGAGAUGGCGUUCUCUAAGUUAAAACAGUUUUUCCGCGGGUGUGCGAGUGCACAAGUAUGUUCUUGUUUGAAUCCGUACCAUGGUGUUUUGGUAUUUUCCUGGAACGGGUUUUGAGUUUUAAGCUUUAUAAAGUAUUGAACCACCUAGGUCCUCAGUCCACCAUGUGGAAGAGGAGGGAGAAGGAUUCUGAGAAACAAAAAUACGGAACCAAGAAAUCGGGCCCAGAAUCCUUAACUUCCACCCUAGGUUGCUAAGCCGUCUUGAAUGCACACUCCUACCCAAGGUGAUUUUUUUUUUCCUUCCUUCCCCUUCAAAGAGCAUGUUGAUGCUACUAGUGAAACCCGCCAUGUGAGCGGUCACCAGCGGUUGAAGAUGAGUUGUUUUCACCAUUUGAUACAUUUGAUGGCACGGAGUGAAGCGCCACACGUUUUCAAUGACUUAAGACAAUGGAAUUUGCCUCGCAUUUCCUUUGCCAUUUUGUGUUGUAUGACAAGUGUCACUUUUAGUUCCAAAAAAAAAAAAAAAUACAUUCAAAAUGACUGAAUGCACCAUCUCCAAAUGUUCUUGGACCUUUCAAUAAAACUUUAUUGAAAAGCUA